UGAUGAGAGGGUUGAUUCCCCUGAGAGCGUACUCUGUAAAAACAAAGGAAACUCGGGCACUUUUCAGGGAUGAGAUGCUGUAGACGGACACUGUCUGGUGGCUGGAGUCGGUAAUCUGGAGGAUGGACUGUCGGGGGGUUCUGCCUGCGGUGGCCGCCGCUUGUUUCAUAAGCAUCGUGGUGAGCCAGACCACACUUACUCCUGCUGUGACAGACACCACUCAAAUCGACAAUGUGACCAGUCUGACUCCGACACCCGUGAUUUUCAGCAGCACAACUCCAGGCUGCGCCGCUUUCAACCUUUCUACUUGUGAACCAUGUGCACCGGGGUCGCAAUAUGACAACAAUACCCUUCUGUGCACGUGUUGCCUUGACUUAGGGCGGUGUGUGUUUCCUGGAGCGUGCCUGCCAUGCACCAGAGGAUUUUAUCAACCACUAGCUGGACAGCAGCAGUGUCUACCCUGCAGCCGAGGUUUCUACACCAAUUUCACUGGAAGUCCAUUAUGUCACCCCUGCCCUCCUGGGUCCUUCAACAAUAACACUGGUGAAGACACUUGCACAAGUUGCUCACCAGGUUUCUUUUCAUCACAGCAUAAUUCUACUUCAUGUAAACCAUGUACGCAAGGACGUUUUUGCAACUCAUCGAGUUGUACCCAGUGCCAGAUGUGUCCCAGCGGAACAGAAGCUCUACAGAUGGCUGCUAAAGACUGCACUCCGUGUCGCCCAGGUAUGUACAAGGCUGCCCAUCAGCCCAUGUGUCAGAUCUGCAGCAGUGGCUAUUUCCAGAUCCACUGGGGCCGGGAAAGCUGUGACAUCUGCCCAGAGAAUCACUACUGCCCUAGCCCUGACGUGAACCCCAUUCAGUGUCCGAGUGAUGCCUUCUGUCCAGCGGGCAGCUUGGCUCCAGGCUACUGCAUGGAGACUUUCUUCCGCAAAUCAGGGGACACUUGUGAACUGGCUCCGGUCACUAUAGCUUUGUUAGUUAUUGGAGGAGGGGUGGCCUUACUCUUUAUUAUUUUAAUGGUGUUACGUCGACGAAGAGAAACAGAUGGAGAGCUGACAGUAGCCCGGGCUCCACUGCUACGCAAAGAGCGACCUCAAGGACGAUACUAUGGCCUGCCCUGUGACGCAGAACCUGUAUAUGCCGGCUGGUGAAGCACUAAGAUAAAAGAAGAGAUGGUGAAACAUGGUAACAUGGUAAAACUCCCCUCUUGAGAGCACACCUUGGCAAACCAGCAGCUUGUCCAAUAUAGAGAAUUACUGUCUAACAGAGGUUGAUUGUUUUGUGAAUUCUUAUUGUUGCAAUUGUUCCACUUGGAGAAAAACAUUCCUUCCUUUAAGUGAGUUUAUUCGAUUAUGAGAAGUAUGCUGGAACAAUAAAAACAACAUCCAUGCCUCUCCUUGGUAACAACCUUUUUCACUUAUGAAAAGCACUUUUUUUAAAAGAAGGUAAUUGAUUUACUUUGCAUUCCUGUGUUGGUACACUUACAUUAACUUAUGUUGUCCCUCAGUGAUGGAGUGUAAACUGUAGUUGGUGUUUUUUGUUUUUGUUUUUUAAUGCAUUUGAUUAUUUUAUGGCUUUAUAGAUACCUUUGCUUAAAGGUUUUCAACUGCUUUUUAAGGUGUAUGUUGUAUGUUUUAGAAUAAAAUAAAAAUAUUCAGAUUUCUAACCGUUUUUAAAUGUUAUGUUAUAUUAUGGA